AUGGAGGAGUUGACUACAGACUUGGAAGACAGAAAUGCAGCUGAGGAAGAGGAUGAAGGUGCCCUGCAAGCCAUCAAUGAUACAGCAGGAUUGAUCGUCAGUGAUGUGAUCCAAAGGUCAAAGGACGCCCUUCGAGAAAAGCAAAAGAAACAGGCAGAGCUGUACCUUGCAGGAGCCAAAUAUGAAGUACCAAAUAUUAUAUGGAUGAAGUGCCAAGAUUUCACAGUAGGAAAAGGGGUGCAGCAGAUCGAAGACUAUAUGAGAACGUGGGAGCUUCACGAGAGCUGGCUGCACUGGACAAACUAUCUUGGUGAGGAAAAGAAGAAGUACAGCAUACAGUACUACUACCGGGUCCGUUGGAGCAUCCCAACAUGUCGGAAGCCCAUCCCACGAGCGACAGCCUGUGUCUAUUUCAUCAUAGAGGUUUCCCAAAUCAAACCACCAACAUUACCUGUUGAAGUAUUCUUUCUGGUGGAGACUAAUAAGCUCAUUCACAGGCCAGGAGAGUGUCGGUUUAAGGAAAAGUGGCUCAAAGAUGUAAUUGAAAGCAAAAUCAUCUUGAUGGAGACUGUAGACUUUUAGUUCCUUUUGAGGUGUUGCAAAUAAGGAAAAACUUUUUUGUAGAUUAUCUGUUU